AUGAAAACACCAACCUUAUAUCUAAUGAUUUUUUUUUUGUUUUUUUUUAGUUUAUCAAGUUUAUCUAAAACCGGUAAUGGUAAUAACAAACUAGGAGGAGUAGGAUAUACAUUUUUACAAAAACCACAAAAUGUUUCAUCACCUACAGCAAGACCCUCAACUCCUCAACCAGGUGCAGGGAAAGGUAUAUUUUUAGCAUAA